CCACACCUCCAGGUUUAAAACCGCGGCUAUGCUGAACCUCAGUGGGAGGGUGAGGCGUGUGCAUGGCUCCGGGAGGACUACGCCAACUUCCAAACUCCGUGAAGGUUCAGAUCCGUCGGUAGAGCAGGGCGAGCGGUCCACAUGGUGCGUCCUUCACCUACCCCACGGAGGGGAGCGAGGUGAAGGCUCCGGACGAUUGAUCUGAAUGCGGACUUUCGGACCCGAUGGAUUACCGCAAGGCGAUGCCCCCCCCGGUGCCCCCCCACAACCUCCCGGCCACCCGCACGGGCCCCCAGGAACGGCUCCUCAAGUGCGUCCUCCUCGGUGAUGGAGCGGUGGGCAAAACCAGCCUGGUGGUCAGCUACACCACCAACGGAUACCCCACCAGAUACGUCCCGACGGCUUUUGACGACUUCUCCGCUGUAGUUCAGGUGGACGGAACACCAGUCAGACUACAGCUUUGUGACACUGCAGGACAGGACGAGUUCGACAAGCUGCGUCACUUCUGCUACAGCCGCACGGACGCGCUGCUGCUGUGCUUCAGCGUGGUCAGCCCCGCCUCCUUCCAGAACGUGUGGGAGAAGUGGGUCCCCGAGGUGCGGCGGCGCUGCCCCCAGGCGCCGCUGCUGCUCGUGGGGACGCAGUGCGACCUGCGGCAGGACGUCAAGGUGCUGAUCGAGCUGGCCCGCCGCCGGGAGCGCCCGGUCCCGGAGCAGGACGCCCGCGCCCUGGCGGACAAGGUGGGCGCCGUGGGCUACGUGGAGUGCUCGGCGCUGACCCAGAAGAACCUGAAGGAGGUGUUCGACGCCGCCAUCGCCGUGGCGAUGCGGCAGGCGGAGCGCCGCGCGCGCCGCGACAGGAAGGUGCGCAGCACGGCCGACAAGAUGAGGACGCUGUCCAAGGCCUGGUGGAAGAAGUACGUGUGCGUGCAGUAGGGCGAACGAGGGGGGAACGAGGGGCGGGAGAGGGGCGAACGAGGGGCGAACGAGAGGCGAGCGAGGGGCGGGCGAGGGGCGAACGAGGGGCGAUCACCAAAGAGGAGGAGCCGGGAACUGGACUCUGGAUUGGUUGAGCUGGGUCUGGCUUUGUGUGGGCGGAGCCUGAGCCUUGACAGACGGACAGACGGACAGAGAGACCUGGAGGGGGGGAAACAACACCUGUGUGAUUGAGCUGAUUUCCUAGUCAACGGCGCCCUCGUCUGAAUCGAUUCCUCCUGGAAGCGGUCCGAGCUCUGACUCUGUGGACGCUCUGAGCGAGUCCAGCGCGCUCUCAUGAACCCAGAGCCCCCCGGGGAGAGGGUUCAGCAGCCCAGAGAGUCCGUGGGACGCGCUCUGCUUCCAUUGUUUGUACUCAAAGUAUAGUCCCUCACUUAGAAUUGCCAAAUAUGACACCUUUCUUAACUAAAUAUAUACGUUUUAUGUGCUACUUACUGUUAUUCUGUCCUGCCUCUCUUAAUAGAUUGAAUUUUAUAUAUUAUUGAUUAUAACAGAAUUAAAAAUCAGACAUUAGUACUUUGUAAAAGAGCUGUAUACAAACUAGGCUAAGGUCCCUUUACCUUGAAAGAUGCACAAAUCAUAUUCAGUUCAACCAAAGCUUCACCUUGUUGCCUGAAGAAUCACAGAAACGUUGAUGUGUCAGUGAUUUAAAAUGUAUUUUGAUGUGGUAUACUAAAUGGAUUGAGAUUCAUUCAUUUCUCCCUCCCUGGUUUACAAAUGGGCGGAUAGGAACAUAUAUAUAUAUAUAUAUAUAUAUAUAUAUAUAUAUAUAUAUAUAUAUAUUGGAGAGAGGGAUUCUCUCCCUCCUGAUUGGUGGGCUGUCCUGUUCUAGAGCCCGAUGGCGAUGUACUCUGGGAGGAGGUGUCAUGGCCGCCGUGUGUGUGUCUGAACCGGCAGACCUCAGGGUCAGAGCGAGGUUCAGCCAGGCCGGUCACACUUCUGCCUGUUGAUCCAGCUGUCCCCUGGGCGGGGGGGGGGCGCCCAGUGGGGGGGCGCCCAGUGGGGGGCACAGACCACUCUGAGGCCCUGGUCUCCCCCAGUAAACCCCCAGCGCAGCGCGGUCACUGACCCCUCUCUCCGGGCGGCCCCGGGGCCCGGCCCGGCCUCUGGCCCCAGGGGUAAGAGGCGUGUGCAGCCUCAGGCCGCUGGUUCCGGGGGUCCGAUGGAUGCGCUCUCUAAAACCCUGCAGCGAACGAUGUGAAAUCGCCGGAGACAGAUCCUACAUUUGCUUCUCAUUUUUCAGAAGCCCCUCAGCUGUCCUUAUUUAUCUGAUUACUUUGGGCGCGCAAACUCACACACACUCACACACACACACAAACACACAAACACACACAAGCACUCGCAUACAGGCACAUACAAACAGACACAAACACUCCCUCACUCACUCAAACACACUCCCUCACUCCCUCUGAUCCCCAGCCUGUGUGCCAGGGUACAGGUAUCUCUGUGGAGGUCUGUCAUCACGUUGUCCCACUCUGAAUGCUCCACAAUGAGCUCAUGUUUCCACUGGUGUGACUGAUGACUGGUGUUUUGUAAAGCUUUAUUGAAGAGCUACUAAAUAAAAUGUGAACUAUGA